UGAUAAGCACACAAUUUAGACAAAUAAAGGAAUCAGUCUAACACAAACCAUCCUCUGGGGUGAGUAGUAGUGUUUUGAUUCAUUUUGAAGAACUGUUAGGCUUUAAGUUGGGAUGAACUUAGCUUGUUUUUAAUAUUGUGGUGCUCAGUUGUUUACAUGGAUGCUUGAAAAAAUUGCAGAGGUGACAAUUGUAUGUGGAAUUUUGAUGUUUUGAAGUUAAAUUUCUCUCAGUGCUGACUUUUAUUAAUCAACUGACACUAUUUUACUCACAUGAAGAUUUUCUUUAUGCUGUCAGAGUUUCCCUGAAAGUCUAAACAGAAUGAAGAUAUUCAGGAGAGCAUCUGCACUCAUCCUGAGACGAGGAGUUGCAUCUUACCAGAGCACAUUGUGCAAAAAUGACAGUCUGUUCAGAAUUCAUCCAUCUGUGUCGCAGGCGUUGGCAGAAACCAAACCCGUGGUUGCACUUGAGAGCACUAUUAUCACACAUGGCAUGCCCUAUCCACACAACCUGAGAACAGCAAAAGAGGUGGAGGCCAUUGUGCGAGCUGAAGGAGCCACUCCAGCCACAGUCGGUGUGAUCGAGGGUGAAGUCCGUGUUGGACUGUCAUCAGAGGAGCUUGACUACCUCGCCCAGUGCAGGAGCUCCCUGAAGGUGUCACGACGGGACCUGCCAUAUGUCAUGAGCAAAGGUCUCUCUGGAGGAACAACAGUGUCAGCGACGAUGAUAGCAGCACACAGAGCUGGGAUUCCUGUCUUUGUCACCGGGGGUAUUGGAGGAGUUCACAGAGAUGGAGAGAACAGUCUGGACAUCAGUGCAGAUCUGACGGAGCUCGGCAGGACUCCCAUUGCUGUGGUUUCUGCUGGGGUCAAAUCUAUUCUGGACAUCGGUCGCACCCUGGAGUUCCUUGAGACACAGGGUGUCUGUGUGGCCACUUAUGGAGCAUCGAAUGAUUUUCCAGCCUUCUUCUCUCCACAAAGUGGAUUCACUUCUGCAUACCAUGUCUGCAACCCAGAGGAGGCUGCAAAACUCAUAGCAAGCACUUUGUCACUGGGUCUCCAAAGCGGUGUCCUGUUAGCGGUGCCCAUCCCAGAGCAGCACGCAGCAGCAGGCCAGCAGAUAGAGGAAGCUAUACAGGCUGCAGUGACAGAGGCCAGCGCUGAAGGUGUCACUGGAAGAGAUGUGACACCAUUCAUUCUUCAAAAGGUCAAUGAACUGACUAAAGGAAAGUCCCUUCAGGCCAAUAUUGCUCUCAUUCAUAAUAAUGCUAAAGUUGGCAGUCAGAUAGCCUGUGCGCUGUCAAAACAAAUGAAUGAGAGAACACUGAAAAACAGAACUCAUCCUCCUGGAAAACUCUCAUCGAACACAGAAUCAGAUGUUGUUGUUGUAGGAGGAAUAAACGUUGAUUUUAUUGCCAAGGGAAAAACUGAAACGCUUCUUUUUGGCCAGACGAACCCAGGAAGCGUGUGUCAGUCUUUCGGCGGUGUAGGAAGGAACAUGGCUGAUUCUCUGAGUAGAUUAGGCCACAAACCGCUGUUCAUCUCAGCUACUGGAACCGAUUCAAACAGUGAUGCAGUGCUGAACUACUGUAAACAUAUGAACACAAGUGGUGUGGCCAGGAUAGAAGGGCAGAGCACAGCAACCUACUGUGCUGUCAUCACUGAGAGUGGAGAACUGAGUCUUGGGUUGGGGGACAUGGACAUUCAUCAGCAAAUCACAGAGCAGUAUGUGUCACAGUUUGAGAAGCAGCUUUCAUCAGCCACUCUUGUGUGUCUUGAUGGAAACAUCCCAGUCUCCACCAUCGACUAUGUUUGUUCUUUUGCCAAAAAGCACAAUUUAAAUGUUUGGUAUGAACCAACAGAUUCAGAAAAGGCUUGUAAGCCUUUUCUUUCAGACGCCUGGAAGUCUUUGUCCUAUUCAUCCCCAAACCUGGCAGAAUUGUGCACCAUGAAUGAAACACUGGGCAUCACAACACCUGAAGUGCUGCCAAGUACUCUUGAUGAGAUGCUGGGUGUCGCUGUGGCUCUCUCACGCCCCCUUCUGGACCAUCUUCACUGUCUGGUGGUCACCCUCGGUGCUAAUGGUGUGUUGCUAUGUGGAGAACAUGAUGCAGGAACAAUCAACCUGCAGCCAAGAAAACAGAAGAGGAGGCGGCAGCUUUGUGCUCUGUACUACCCAGCACCCACUGUGACCCCAGAGGAGACGAUGAAUGUGUCAGGAGCCGGAGAUAGUCUUGCAGGUGCCUUAAUAGCAGGUAUUCUCCAGGGAAAAGACACAGACAGCUGUGUUCGAAUGGGGCUUCUGGCUGCAAGGAUGUCCCUGGCAUCCCCACACCCCAUCGCCCCAGUGCUUACCUUAGACUCUGUGGAUCCCAACAAAGUCCAAGCGCAGGACUGGCCCAAACCAAAAUUUGUGUGGAUAGAUUAAAAUUAAAAUGUUUCUUGUGAGAUUUCUCAGACUUUUAUCAUUGUCAGUCUUAAGAUUUGUGAUUAAAUACAUGUGGAAUCAGUGUGUGAUAUUGUGAAUAAAUAAAGGGACGUCAGAAGGUGGCACAUUUAAUAAAACGAUUACACUCUAAUUAGUUUCAUACUUCUGAUUGUUCUAUUAUAAUUGAAAUCUUGCCAAAAUACAUAAAGCAACUUUGUCUGAACCUUUACUUAA